CCAAUAUGCUGAGAGCCGCCAUCUUGCUCGUUACAUUGGGUCUAUCGUCUGCUUUCAUACAGUACCAGAACGCCAUCCCUAACGGCUACCUGGUUCCAAAUCCAUGCCGGAUAGGCUACUGGGGAGGCGUGGGUCACUUUCUUGCUGAUGGCUCUGGUCCUCGUAACGAGUUUGGUGUAGACUUUGCUGCCGCUGGCCACACCUGGACUCUAGCCUUGUGCCAGAAAGAUUCAGACCUUGACGGGCUGACCAAUGGUCAAGAGCUCGGUGACCCCAACUGCAGGUGGACGCCAGACCGUCCUGGUAACAUCGUGGCACCACAGACCCAUCCAGGUAUCUGCGAACCAAUUGGAAGUUCUAAGUGUGCCUUUCAGGGCAUAGUCUGCCCAGAGCCCCUGUAACCACAAAACUGAUGUAUUGAUUGAUGUAUCUGAUAG